CCCCUGAGACGUGCAGACAAUAAUAGCUCGGACUUCACCGGGCUGCGGACGCGAGAGGUGAGGCCAUGCGUGAACUCGCUUCCCUGGGGCGAGUCCUGUGCAGACAGCAGCUGGCUCUGCCCUCAGCACAGAAGGCACACCUCGGGUCGGCCUCUGUGGCCAGGACAGCGGCACACACGGAGCUCACGUGAGUGAGUGUGAAUGUGCGGUGCCUGCCACGUGCACGGACGUGUCUGUGUGGGAGUGCCGAGAGUGUGCGCCUGGGCGCUGAGAUCUGGCCUUCCUGCUCGUGAGACACAGACCCCAGCCGGACCUGUAACAGUGCCACCUCGGGGACUGCCUGGGCAGGUGGUGAGCACCCCAUCCCUGGGAGGAUCCAAUCAGGGCUGCCAUGGAAGAAAGCCCCUAUUCAGACGUCCUGGAUCUGCACAGACAGCGGCGGCGGUGCUGCCGGCCGGGGGUGCUGACUGCACUGCUGGGGCUGGUGACGACUGCACUGUGGGCCGGGCUGCUGACUCUGCUUCUCCUGUGGCGCUGGGACACUGUACAGGAUCUGAAACAGCUGGAAGACACUGCAGCCCUGAACAUCUCUCAGGUUUCCAAGGACUUGGAAAGACAUAAGGGUGACCAGAUGGCCCAGAGAUCCCAGGAGGCUCAGGCGCUGCGGACGGUGGAGGAAAUCCAAGCAGAACAGAGGAGAAUGAAAACCCAGGACUCUGAACUGUUCCGGGACCUGGAUGGACUCCGAGAGGAUCUGACCAACCUCAAGUCCCAGGGCUUGAACGAGAGACGUGCAGCUUUGACCUCACUGGAAAGGCUCCAGGAGGAGGUGUCCAAGCUGUGGGUGGAGCUUCGCGUGUCCAACGCCCGGACCCCAAAAGUGACUCCAGGAGAGAUGCUGCCACCCACUCUGCUCACUGUACCCUUGGUGCCCACCAUGAUGUCCACCACUGGGCCCACCACAGCACCAGCCACAGUGCCCGCCCGGGUGUCCACCACAGCCCCAGCCACGGCGCCUGCUCUGGUGUCCGCCACAGCUGUCCUCCUGAGCCUCUCCUCCACCCCAGGCUCCAUGUGUAACACGUGCCCUGAGGAGUGGGUCAGUUUCCAACGGAAGUGCUACUACUUCGGGGAGGGUGCCAAGAGGUGGAUCCAGGCACGGUUCGCCUGCAGCAAACUCCACGGGCGGCUGGUCAGCAUCCACAACCAGGAGGAGCAGGACUUCCUGGCCAAAUAUGUCAACAAGAAGGGCUCCUGGAUCGGCCUUCGAGAUCUGGACAUAGAGGGGGAAUUUGUCUGGAUGGACGGGAGCCCCCUGGAGUAUAGCAACUGGCGGCCAGGGGAGCCCAACAACGGGGGCGAGGGCGAGGACUGCGUGAUGAUGUUGGGCCUCGGUCAGUGGAACGACGCCUUUUGCAACAGUUAUCUGGAGGGCUGGAUGUGUGACCGGUUGGCCACGUGCUGACUGCCCGCCUCCCACUCGGUCCCCCAGAUGUGGACCCCGACAGUCCCCUGCCUGCCCUCCACGUGUGCUCCACUUCGUGAUCCCCCACCUCAAUUAUGGGAACAGCCAGGCCCAGAGUGGAGCGCUGCGGCCCCAGCCAAGGCCAGGUGCCUCUUUCAUGGCCAAAGGGUCCCAGUGACAUUUUCUCCUUGCCUGAAGGGGGGCAGCUGACCCACCCCCGAUUCCUGCCAACUCCCCAAAGGGCCUGUCCCCUGCCCCUCAGCCCAAGUGGCUGUCGCCACCUCCCUGUCUUCAGAUGUUCAGAGCUCCCCCCUCAGGAACCCCUGUGGCCAGCCUGGAGGCUGGGAGCUCCCACCACAGGCAACCCUCUGGGCAGCCCAGCUUUGCAGGGGGCAGCGGAGGCCCCUGUGUGCCCCCUCCGUCACCCCACCUCGCCUGCCCCUGCAGGGGUCAGGAGCAGAGCCCACCUUCAUCCUCCCUAGAUGUAGCCCCUCCCUGCCCUGGCCCCACAGCUCCAAGAGGGCCCUGCCUGCAUUGUACAUGCCCUCCUGAGGGGCCUCCCUAGCUUCGGCCUCCAGGUGCAGAAGGUGGGAGCUGGGAACUCCAGCACCUGGUGUCUGAGGCCACCUCUGUGCACUGAGAACAGCUGAGGUGGCAUUUGGACCUGCCCACCCCUUCUCCCUGCUGUGUUACAAGAAGCAUGCCCUAGGCAGGGCGGGAGGUGAGGGCUCUGGGCCCCAGUGGAGCACCAG